AUGAUUGCAGCAGCCAGGCAGCUCCCCUUUGAGCACAUGCCGUGCAUCGCACACAGUGUGCACCGAGCCGUCACGGUUUCUCUAGCCCGUAUGACAGCACAUUGGCAAAAUGCAAAAAAAGUUGUGGGACAUUUUAAGCACAGCCCAGCACACCAAGCGGAGCUCGAGCAGCAACAAGUCGCACAUCAUCAGAAGAAAGAGUCACUCGCACAAGAAGUGUCAACCAGAUGGAAUAGUACCCUGGAAAUGAUCAAGCGUGUUCAGCGGAAUGCUAAACCUCUGAGAGAUGCACUGGCCCUGCACACAACCAACGUCGCCAUGCCAACAGCUACUGAGCUGGAGAAACUGAAGAAGCUCGAGGCUGUGCUGGAGCACUGCAGGUAUGUGUCUGAACUUCUGGGAGGAGAGAAGUUUGAGUCUUGCCCAGUAGUUCUGCCAGCAUUGUGUCAUCUGUCGCGAGUGAUGGAAGUCACUGAGGACGACCCAGCUUACACGAUCAAGUUUAAGGGAACCUUUGCAGCAGACAUUGAGGGUCGCAAGGAGAAGACCAACAUCACAUGGCUGAGAGUUGCGACAGCACUUGACCCAAGGUUUAAGGACCUCAAGCGUCUGAGCAAACCUGACAGGGCUGAGGUGUGGUGUACACUAGAGGGCUGCAUUGGGAUUGAGUCCCGCCGGGUCCUGCGGGACCCAACGCAAAUCUCGCGGGAGCGGGCGGUUUGA